AUGACCAGUUGUGGCCAGCAGUCCCUGAACGUGCUCGCCGUCCUCUCGCUCCUGUUUUCCGCAGUCCUGUCGGCGCAUUUCCGGGUCUGUGAGCCCUACACGGACCACAAAGGCCGCUACCACUUCGGCUUCCACUGCCCCCGGCUGUCGGACAACAAAACCUUCGUCCUCUGCUGCCACCAUAACAACACGGUCUUCAAAUACUGCUGCAACGAGACGGAGUUCCAGGCGGUGAUGCAGGCCAACCUCACGGCCGGCUCCGAGGGCUACAUGCACAACAACUACACGGCGCUGCUGGGAGUGUGGAUGUAUGGCUUCUUCGUGCUGAUGCUGCUGGUCCUGGAUCUUUUGUAUUACUCGGCCAUGAACUACGACAUUUGCAAGGUUUACCUGGCGCGGUGGGGCAUCCACGGACGCUGGAUGAAACAGGACCCCCGGCGGUGGGGAAACCCCACACGGGCCCCUCGGCCUGGGCAGCCGACCACGCAGCCUCCCCCAGGCCCCCUGCCACAGGCCCCCCAGGCCAUGCACACACUGCGGGGAGAUGGCCACAGCCCACCACUGAUGACCUUCCAGAGCUCGUCCGCCUGGCCGCGUCUGCCGACCAGACCUCUGGUUCAGGGGGUCGACCUGGGCUGGAUCCAGGUCGCGUCUGCCGACCCGACCAGACCUAUGGUUCAGGGGGUCAAUCUGGACUUGAUUCAGGCCAUGUCUGCCAACCAGACCUCUGGUCUCCAUGAGGCUCCCUGUGGGCAGUCAGUGGUCAUUAAGCUCUUCAAAGCCUUACUUAGCCACGUAGAGGGCCUGCCCACAGAGAAGGACCGAGCACCCCUGUCAGAAAUCCCCAGGGCCGGGGAGGAGGGGCACCCCAGCAGCCUGAGCUGCCACUUAAAAAGCAAUGUGGGAGGCCCCAGCGCUCCCCUCCACGCAGCCCCCCGCCUCCAUGGUCCCCACAGACGCUCACUCCAUCAUCCUCCAUCACGGAAAUAUGAUUUCCCCGCCAGCCUGGAGCCGGGCACCAAAUCACAUCACCAUGCAGAUGGCACCGAGGGCCCCAGCCGGCGGUCCCCAUAA